UUCCGGUCUUUGAUCAUUUUUUUAUCCACCCAACAUCUCUCUUACCACCCUUUCCGCAUAUCAUACGCCACUCACCUCCGCUCCUCCCCCUUUCUUCUUCCAUCCAUUUAUUCUUCUUCCUUCUGAAUUCAUGUUCUCUUAUUGGCAUUCGGACAACGAAAUUUACUCCCAUCUGCGGCGAAACUUACUCCCAUCUCCGGCGAAUUCGAGUGGUGGUAUAAAAUGUGAAAGGUAUGUCUUCUACUUCUUCUUCUGCUUCUUCUGCUUCUUCUUCUUCUGAUGCUUCUACUGCAUCUUCUGCUGCUUCUUCUGCUUCUUCUUCUGCUGCUUCUUCUGCUGUUUCUUCUGCUGCUUCUUCUUCUGCUGCUUCUUCUUCUGUUGCUUCUUAUGCUUCUGCUUCUGCUUCCGCUGUUUCUUCUUCUUCUUCUGCUUCGUUCGCUUCUGCUUCUUCUUCUUUUUCUUUUUCUUCUUCCGCUUCCGCUUCUGCUUCAGCUUGUUCUUCUGCUGCUUCUUCUUCUUCUGCUUCUGCUUCUUCCGAUUCUGCUUCUUCUUCUUUUUCUUCUUCCGCUUCUGCUUCUUCUUUCGCUUUCGCUUCUGCUUCUUCUGCUUCUGCUGCUUCUGCUUCUUCUUCCUCCUCCUCCUCCUCUGUAACACCUCAAAAUUUCCCACCCAAAACAAUGAUAUAUUUAAAAGAAAUACUUUAUUCAUUCAUCAAAGAGUUAAAGAAAUACAUCGAAAGUCUAAAAGAGAAAUGAGUGUUACCGCCACAUCCGGU